CCCCUACUUGGUGGAAAAACAAAGAACUUCACCAUAAUAUAUGAAACGGUACCUCAUUCUACUGUUAGCUUAAUGGCUCCUCCUUCCACCAGCAUCACACCCGUUCCAAACCCCAAGGAACCCAUGAGCAAUAUAUCGACCACUGCUGGACCUAAAAUCAAGCCCAUUCUUAUGCCCACUGCUAUAAAUGGGACAUCUGUACGGUUCCAGCCUUUGACUGUACAGGAACUUCAGUCCAUCCUAAAGAGAAAAGGAUUGGGAUCCCAAGACAAGAUGACUUCUCUGAUAGCCAAAUACCUAGAGACACAAAAGAGUCAAAUGGUGAAGGAUGGCUGGAAGGACAGACCUCAAGAAACAGUCAUAAUACGUACACCUCAGGGCGAAUAUACUAUUCACAGGCAGACUCGACGACUAGCGUCCGGACAGGUGGAAAAGGUUAAAGUGAUGUUCACUCCCAUGGUUUGCCGUGUACACUGCACAGGUGAUCGCUGUACCAACCACUGCGAGAGGGGAAACAUGACUACUGUCUACAGUGACGAAGGAGCGCGAAACAAUGGUGAACAUGGAUUCAGGGCAUUUCUCUGCCCUAUGAUUUGCCAGAAUGGGGGCGUGUGCCUAAAGAAAGACAAAUGCCUAUGCCCGCCAAGCUUCACCGGGAAGUUCUGCCAGAUUCCAGUGCCCUCUGGAGAUGGGGCGUCAGCCCAGCAUUCGAGAAAUAGCAGCGAACAUAACUCUAUGACUAAAUCUGUCUAUAUGCUGCCUCUUUCCAAUCACCGGCCGGAUAAAGAUGGAGGAUCCUCCAUUGUGAACGUGCACGUGCAACACCCUCCAGAAGCUUCCGUGAACAUCCACCAGGUGGAACGUGUAGAGGGACGUGGGGAGAGGGAAGUAAUCGUCAACGGGCACCGGGAUGUCUCCCACAAUGCUUUGCAACACACAGGGAGGGCCCCUCUGUACAGGAUACAGGCACAGAGCAGCUCUAGAAUUAACGGCUACACUGAGAACUCUGGGAUUGGAUAUUGCUUCAGGCGACUGGAGAACGGUCAGUGUGCCAUGCCUCUUCCCGGACUGAGGACUCAAGAUAUCUGUUGCCGGGGGUCUGGAGUAGCAUGGGGGGUCCAUGACUGCACGCCAUGCCCUGGGUACCAAGGGAAUGAUGUGCAUGGAACGUCACAAGAACUCGCGUGCCCCAAAGGAUUUAACCGAGAAAAUGGGACUUGUGUGGAUAUUGACGAAUGUCAGGAUUCUUCUCUGUGCAAGAAUGGAGACUGCACAAACACCAGGGGAAGCUUCACCUGUGUGUGCAAAACAGGGUAUCUAUUGGACUCUUCACAAAGUACCUGCAUAUCCCACCAUGUUAUCUCAGAAGUUAAAGGUCCUUGCUUUCGGAUAUUGCGUGAGGGUGGCUGUUCUCUCCCCAUCCUAAGGAAUAUCACCAAACAGAUCUGCUGCUGCAGUCGCGUGGGAAAGGCUUGGGGCAAGAACUGCGAGGGAUGCCCUCCCUUCGGCACAGAGGGAUUUAGACAUACUUGUCCUGCUGGGCCAGGAUACCAUUACUCUGCCUCAGACCUACGUAUCAACACUCGUUUUAUUGGACACAAUCAUACAAGGGUGCCUAUCCAACGCCAGCCUGGAUAUCAGGCCCUUCCCACAGCUAGUACUCAUCACCAUGGGGUAGCUGGUCGUUUAAAUGUGCCUGAUGACAGGCAAGUAAUAAUUGCAGUAAGGCCAGAGGAUCAGAGUCGAAUAUCAAUUCCAGACCAGGGAACUUUUUCAAGGUUACCUAUCCCAGACCAGACAGGACCUGCUAGGGUACCAAUUCCAGACCAAAGGGAAACUUCGAGAGUACCAGUUCCAGACAGAAGAGAUCCAUCAAGAGUUCCAGACCAAAGAGAAACAUCAAGAAUACCAGUUCCAGACCCAAGAGUACCAGCCAGGGUACCUGUCCCAGCUGACCGAAGACUGUCUCCAACGGAACGUCCUAGAGCUAGAGAUACAUUGGUGAAUGUUCCUGAUACCAACAUGUGUGAAUCAAACCCACAAAUCUGUGGUCCAGGACGGUGUGUGCCACGCUCCGGAAGCUACACAUGUGUAUGCAAUAAUGGGUACUGGCUGAGCACACAGGGUACCCACUGCAUUGAUAUGGAUGAAUGUAGACAGCGGCCAAGUCCAUGUGUCAAUGGUAGAUGUGAGAACACUGUGGGCAGCUAUCGCUGUGCCUGCUCCUCUGGAUUCAGUACCAACCCCCAGGGCACAGAGUGCACAGACAUUGAUGAGUGUGCCAACGAUCAACAGCUCUGUGGAACCGGACGCUGUGAAAACACUCCAGGAAGCUACCGGUGUGUGUGUCCUUCAGGAUUCAGUCUUAGCCCCCAGGGCAACGCCUGUAUAGACAUUGAUGAAUGCCGCAUAUCCCCAAGGCGCUUCUGCUUGAAUGGUCGCUGCGAAAACACCCCAGGGAGUUUCCUAUGUGUGUGCCCAGCUGGUUUUACGGUCAAUGCCCAGGGCACUGAUUGUCAAGACACAGAUGAAUGUAGGCAGACACCACGUGCCUGUGGUUCUGGGAGAUGCCAGAAUACCCCAGGAAGUUUCCGCUGCACCUGUUCCAUCGGUUAUAGGCUGACCCCACAGGGCAAUGACUGCAUUGAUGUCAAUGAGUGUGAGAAUCCAGGGGCAUGUGCUGGACAAGAAUGCCUGAACACACCAGGGUCCUUCCAAUGCAGACAGUGCCGUCCCGGGUACAGACUCCAGAACAGACGUUGCGUGGAUAUCAAUGAGUGUCAAAUAGCAUCUACUUGUGGUCCCAGUGGAAAAUGUAUCAACACCGAUGGUUCCUUCCUCUGCGAGUGUCUACCCGGAUUUAGGCUCAACGGUGACAACAAUCGUUGCACAGAUAUUAAUGAGUGCUUGGAAGGGGAAUACUGUUUCCCACAAGGGGAGUGUGUGAACACUGAGGGAUCGUACACCUGUGUCUGUUCAGAGGGUUAUGUCACGGCUCCGGAUGGCGCAUCAUGCGUGGAUAAGGAUGAGUGUCAACAGGGAACACUCUGUCAAGGAGGCCGAUGUACAAACACUCAAGGAUCCUUCCAAUGCUCCUGUCCAACUGGCUUCCGAGCCACCCCUGACAAGACCAACUGCGCAGACAUUGAUGAAUGUAAGGAAAGGGCCGGCUCUAUCUGCGGCACACAGAACUGCGAGAACACACUGGGGUCCUACAGAUGUAUUGCCCAAUGUGAUGCCGGUUACAGGCUGACACCGUCUGGAGAUUGUGCAGACUUCAACGAAUGUGCCAACUCCACAAUCUGUGGCGACAAUGCAGAAUGUCAGAAUCUAAUUGGCUCAUACCGUUGUACUUGUAAUUGGGGCUACGAGAUGUCUAGUGAAGGACAACACUGCGUGGAUGUUGAUGAGUGUGAAGAAUAUGGGGAGUCUCUCUGUGGUUCGAGGAGAUGUGAGAACACUCCUGGAUCCUACAAGUGUAUUACCGACUGCGAACCCGGUUUUCAGUUGUCACCUUCAGGAGAUUGCAAAGACGUCAACGAGUGUCUGACAUUGCAGGGCGUCUGUGGAAUGGCCAUUUGUGAAAAUGCUGAAGGGUCUUUCCUCUGCAUUUGCCCUAACAGAAAUGAUGAAUUUGACCCCAUGACUGCGAAAUGUAUACGCUCUAACACGGCAGCACAUCCAAGUUUCCCCAGCCGUCCAAGCUCACCACGGUUUUCUUCUGUUCCGGCAUCCGGGAAUGAUGAAUGUUAUUACAACCUAGAUGACCCCAAGGUUUGUGAGAACGCACUGGCUUACAAUAUGAGUCAAGCCGAGUGCUGCUGUACCGUAGGCGAAGGAUUCGGUCAGAACUGCAAGAUUAAUAAGUGUCCAACUCCCGGAACAGAUGAGUACCAGAGCUUGUGCCCAGGUGGAGGAGGAUAUAUUUCAUCUGGCCAGGGAUACAAAGAUGCUGAUGAGUGCGCGCUCUUUGGGUCACAGCUGUGUAAGGGAGGAGUUUGCGUCAAUAAGGUACCCGGUUAUACCUGUUACUGCUCCAAUGGGUACUACUAUGAUGUCCAUCGGUUAGAGUGUGUAGAUAAUGAUGAAUGUCACGAGGAGGAGGUGUGCGAAGGUGGUCGCUGCAUUAACACAGUGGGAUCUUAUUACUGUACCUGCGACCCUCCUCUAGUACUUGACCGGUCUCAGAGGAGGUGCGUCACUAACACAAGCCAGAUGUUAGAGGAUCAUAAUGACUUCUGCUGGCAAGAGGUAGGGGAAGAUUUGGUGUGUAAGCGCCCCCUGCUGGAAAGGCAAGUGACAUACACUGAGUGCUGCUGUCUGUAUGGGGAUGCCUGGGGAAUGAGCUGUGCAUUCUGUCCAGCCAGAGACUCCGAUGAUUUUGAAGCUUUGUGCAAUGUUCUCAGACCCCCAAUCUCAACUUAUCCUUAUGAGUAUGGCCCUGAAUAUGGACCUGGUUAUGGUGUUCCCUAUGGACCAGAUGCCUUUGCCGUCCCCCCUCCAAGUAUUGUAAGACCCGGAUAUGAAGUCUACCCACAGGCUCCAGGAGGCGGAGGAUUAGGAUAUGGUGGCAGAUCACCCUACAACCCACGAGAUUCUGUGCACAGCCUUCCUCCUUUUGAGUCUCCAGAAUUUGACUCUGAUCUGUCUUACCAUGAUGAUGUCUUGGAUGAAUACAGAUCUCCCUUAAGGACACCAGAGAUUUCAUAUGGCCCUCGCUCACUUCCAUCUGCUCCAAAUUCCAGGCCUAGGAGCCCUAUCAACCCCUCAAGACUAGGAUCAGCAUCUGAAGAGGGACAACGCACUCAGCCAAGAGGACCAGGAGGUAGCAUUCCACAGAGCUUCCGUCCAUUACCAGACCAUAAUAGAGGCCCGAGUGAGACCUAUGAAGACCGGUAUGAGAGGUUUGAAGGCCUGCAGGCUGAGGAAUGCGGUAUCCUCAAUGGGUGUGAAAAUGGCCGCUGUAUCCGCGUACGUGAGGGUUACACCUGUGACUGCUAUGAUGGGUAUCGUCUGGACAUGACACAGAUGGCAUGCGUAGAUAUCAAUGAGUGUGAUGAAGCGGAGGACCUCUCCUUGUUGUGUUUCAAUGGCCAGUGCCAAAACACAGAUGGAUCCUAUGAGUGCAUUUGCCCUCGUGGGUUUGUCAUGGCACCUCAGCGCAACUACUGCAUUCCCUCUCCGCAGUGAAUAAUUUCCACCCAUCCUCCAUAGAACCAAAGAUUUCCUGUGUCUCUGCCUUAUUUGUUAAGUUGUGUGGUCAAUGGUCCUGAGAGGAAGAGACGGGAGGGAGGUAUUUAUUUUUGUGUAUAUAUUGGUAAAUGGAUGAGGACCUCCACAGAAGAAUUUGGGUUUUGGUGACCACCAUGAAAGUUUGAAGUCCUACAACACAUUAUUCAAGACGAUACUGGGUUCUUGUAAAAUUCCUUAUAUUAAAUAAAAUCUUACCAAUUUAGUGGAAAUUGUUCACUACCCAUUACCAUUGCCUCUACUGACAAGUCUAGAGAAGCUGUUGAGAAGCAGCUUCAGAUUUUCAGGGAGCCAAUGAUGUCCAAAUCCUCCACAAAUGAACAUGACCUCCAGGAACCUAGAGGAAAUCUAUAAUUUGUUUGGAAUUUACUUUCUUCAUGUUACUUCCAAAAGGAAUUGCCCUAAAUUUCCAUAAGUUCCUUCUGCUAAAUGUUAUUUGUCAACAUUAAAAGUUGUAUGUGUCCGUCAUUCAGUAAAUUCUAUGAACCACCAAAAUGAUAAAAUCGUAGGACAUCCAUAAGCCUACUUUCUAUUGCUUUACUAUUGAAAGCAAAAUGUUAAAAUAGCAACAGCAAAAUUAUGUAAUUUGAAAACUCAGUUUAAAAAUGUAACUCACAAUUAUUGUGGAAAGGCAGUAUCAGGAAGUGGUCAUGAAGAAGCAACAAAGGCUUGGACCCACAAAAGGUAGUAUGGGGGUUCUGUAUACAGCAUCACCCUCCUGCUUCCUUGUCUGGCUUUCAACCAGGGUCGCUUCUCCAACAUCAAUGUAUGGUAAAGUAUUUUUCCAUUAGAACAGUAAAUUAGCACCUUCACUGCCACAGUUUUCAAUUGUAACAUGUAUAUAUUUAAAUAGCAUACAGUCUCUGUUGUCCUCUUCCUACCACAAUUAUGGGCAUUCCCAAUUACUGUGUAGUUUUAUAUAAAUUUAUGUAAAAACUCCUCAGUCUUUACCUUUGGCUUCCAGUCUCUUAACCCCUUUUUCUGCCAGAGGCGCUGGCGUAAUACAGGUUAAUACGUCUCUCCAGUAAUGUUGGCUGCUAACAUAACUCACGCAUUGCAAAUCUAGGAGUGACUAAACCCUAUAUACUCCAGGUUUUCACCCUGCCACAUCUCUCUUGCCUUUGUCACAUGGGGUUUGUGCCCCAGAAAGACUCAUGGCUCUUGUCUAGACACGCGCAAGUUUUCACUUUUGUACACUAAACUGUGUUUUAUAGCUAUUGUUAAGAAAAGGAUCAAAUGAAAUAAAAAAUAUAUAAAAUGACACUGAA